CCAACGCCUCCCUCCUGCACAGCUUCUGGUGCCAGCCGGCCAGCCAGCUGCCCCGGGACCAGCUCUCCGCUCUCAUCAGGGCGAUGGCGACUCGCCGGGUCCUCCUCAGAGCCUGGCAGCUCAGCUGCCUGGCCAACCUGGCCGCGCUGCACGGCCUCCAGGACGACUUUGAGCUCCACCCGCCGGACCUGCUGCUUUUCUACAACCUGACGCAGGUGAGGGAAGCCGACUGCCGGGCCUUCACCCACCGUGCCGCCCAGGGGGACACGGAGCUGCUGGCCAACCUGCCGGACCAGAGGGCCGCCCUGCAGCGUGUGGCCUUGGCCUGCCUGGGAGGACCCCGCUUGCGGCUCAGCGCCUCUGACCUGCUGCUCCUCGGGGUCCUGGUGUGCGACAUGGACGCGUCCAGCAUCGUGGCCGCGGACCCCCGUGUGCUGCAGAAUCUGCAGCGCUGCCAUCGGCUGACCGUCCCCCAGCAAGCCGCCCUCAACACGCUGCUGGCCAGUGGGGAGACCACGCUUGGGCCUCCGGGUUCCUGGAACCUAGAGGGGCUGCGGGCUCUGGGACCCCUGGCCACCUACAUCAGCUCCAGCCUGUGGAUGCAGGUGCAGCAGGCUGUGGGCCUGGACUUCUUCGGCAGCACGGUGGCCACGUACCGAGCUGGGCGGCUUAGCCGGCAGGACGCCAGGCGCUUCGUCACUGGCUUUCUGAAGGCCAAGGCUGAGUCGGUGGCCUCUCGGCCCAAGCGGGGCACAGCCACAGGGAGACCCUGCCUCCGCGGGGACAUCACGGCGGCCACGCUGCGCGACGACCUCUUUCUGGUGCACUAUGACUGCGUGCAGCUGGAGUCCUGCCUGGGGAGCCGCGUGCUCAAAGCCAACCUGGACCCCCUGCUGCAGCACCCACUGCCGGCCGAGUGCCAGCGCGUCGUCAAGGCCAAGCUGGCUCGGGUCUACCCGCGCGGGGUCCCCGAGGAGCAGCUGCCGCUCAUCGCCUCGCUGGUCUACCUCUACUCCCGCUCCGAGAUCGGCCAGUGGAACGUCACGUCCGGAGACACCGUCGUGGCCCUGCUGGCCUCAGAUGUGGCCCUGGAGAACCAGACUGAGGCUGUGCUACAGAAGUACCUGGACCACAACGGCACCCUCACCGGCGCCCUGCUCGUGGCCAUCGGGGGCUCCCGCCUCUGCUGGAUGAGUGCCAGGCAGAUCCAGGCCAUCAGGCCCUCGGAGUUCCGGCUGGCCGGGGCCCUGGAUAUCUCCUCCUGCCCUCAGAGCCGGAAAGACGUGCUCUACGCCAAGGCCCGCGAGGCCUUCGGCAGCACCGGGACCACGGCUGCCUAUUACCGCUUCAUGCGUCCUUACCUUGGAGGUGCCCCCGUGGAGGAGCUGCGGCAUCUGGUCCAGGCGAACGUCUCCAUGGACAUCGACACGUUCACCAAUCUGAACCCCCGUGUGCUGCAGAGCCUGAGUGUCGGCAAUGUGACGACACUGCUGGGCCAGAACGUGGGGGACCUACAGAAGGCACGGAGCCACCCGACCAUCAGCUCUUGGCUGCGCAGUCUCAACAGGUCGGCUCUUGGCGAGCUGGGCCUAGACACGGACCCUGCCGGCCUCAGCGGCCCAGGCCGCUCCACCACCGUCACCCCCAACACCGCGCCCCGGGGGCCCUACCCAGCCCCCACGUCAGGCCUCCCCAGGCACAGCGCCCCCGCCUCCGGCAGCCCACCAGCCCAUCUGGGGUACCUGCCACUCUCUGUGGCCCUGCCCUCUGGCCUCCUGUGGCUGCUGUACUGGGGCACCCCAGGGCUCAGCCAGGACUGCUCCUGGGACACCCCCACUAUGGCCUCUGAAGAUGGCGCCGCCCCAGCACCACGAGCAGGGAAACGGGGGCUGGUGGCUGGAGCCCACCAUGUCCGGCAUUCUAGGGGCCCGCAGGGCUGGUCCCCCCCCACAUCCAGCUCCCAGGACACGGAGCUGGAAUGAGGAUGUGGGCCCACCCCGAGACCAGCCCUGAAGAGCUGACGGAGAUGCUGUCCCAGCCUUCUGGUCUCCCUCAGAUGCUGCUGGGAGGGGGCAUCCCGGAGGGAUUCGAAUAAAAGACAAGGUGACCUU